UUUCAGGUGCAUUGUGGGAGCGGGAAAACGUCGCAAAUACUCACGUUGUUCAGCUGCGGUGUUUCAGCGAAGCUGUAAAUUCAAGAUUAAAACAUGUCUAUUGGCGUACCCAUCAAAGUCCUGCAUGAAGCAGAGGGUCACAUUGUGACCUGUGAGACAAACACAGGUGAAGUGUACAGGGGAAAACUGAUCGAAGCAGAGGAUAACAUGAACUGCCAGAUGUCCAACAUUACAGUGACCUAUCGAGAUGGCAGAGUGUCACAGCUGGAGCAGGUCUACAUCCGCGGAAGCAAAAUCCGUUUUCUCAUUCUGCCUGACAUGUUAAAAAACGCCCCCAUGUUGAAGAGCAUGAAAAACAAAAAUCAAGGAGCAGGAGCCGGAAGAGGAAAAGCUGCUAUUCUUAAAGCUCAAGUCGCAGCAAGAGGCCGAGGUCGAGGAGGACCAGGAGGAAGGGGAAAUAUUUUCCAGAAAAGACGAUAAUGGGAAUCCUGUUUCAGUUGGAGUCAUUUUGUACAGUCUUUUCUUCGUUUGAGAAAUUGUGCGCUUCCUUUUUUGUUUUUUAGUAAAUUUGGUGAACUUGCUGUUUUGCUGAUUUUUUUUUCAAUAAAAUUUUGUUUUACUUUU